AUGGCUUUUGACCCAACAGAAAGUCCAUAUCCUUCCGAUACUCUGAUAGCAAGCACCUUUGAGCCAACUGAAACACCAAUCCCCACAAGUUGGCCAUCUACAAAUCCUUCCUUCACUUCCACUUUCAAGCCAUCUUCAGGCAUCCCAUCAUCAAGUCCUUCAGUAGAUCCAUUUGAGCUUCCAUCUCAAAAUCCAUCUGCUGUUCCAUCUCAAAGGCCAUCUGCAGUUCCAUCUCGAACGCCAUCUUCAGUUCCGUCUCAAAGUCUCUCUGCAGUUCCAUCUCGUAGUCCUGUCAACCUACAAGACAGUCAAACCUUCAUUCAGCAUGAUGCUAAUGUCAGUCCUACCACUGCACCCCCUUCAAGUAGACCAAGCAAAAAAUUGAUCACCAUCAAAGCAAAGCCUUCAAGUGCCCCUUCUGGAAGCUUCUUGUCCAUGAAUCCUUCCUUCGCUCCAUCCCAGGAGCCUUCCACAAAUCCUACCACUGGAUCGCCUUCAGUUGGCCCAUCUCAAAAUCCUUCUCUCCUUCCAUCUCAAAAUCCAUCUGCGGUUCCAUCUCAAAAUCCAUCAGCGGUUCCGUCUCAAGAUCCAUCUGCAGUUCCGUCUCGAACGCCUUCUUCGGUUCCGUCUCAAAAUCCAUCGGCAGAGCCAUCGCAAACGCCAUCUGCAGCUCCGUCUCAAAAUCCAUCUGCAGAGCCAUCCCAAAAGCCAUCUACAGCUCCGUCUCAGAAUCCAUCUGCAGUGCGAUCUCCAUGGCCAUCUGUACUUCCGUCUCAUAGGCCUUCCAACAAACCUACUAUCAAACCACAAGAAAUUCAAAUCUUUAUCCCACAUUCCAUUGAUGUCAGUCCUAUGACUGUGUCUCCUUCAAAAAGGUCAUCAAGCAAAAAAGUGAUACGUAUCGAAGCAAAUCCUUCAAGUGCAACUACUUAUGGAAGAAUCCCGAGAUCUUCCUUGACUCCAUCACAGGAGCGCACCACAACUCCAACAACUGGAUCUCCUUCAGUUGGCCCAUCUCAAAAUACUUCGCCAGUUCCAUCUCGACACCCAUCACAUCUUCCAUCUCCAGAACCAUCUCAAAACCCUUCCCAAGAACCAUCUAUGGGGCCAUCUCAAGGUCCAUCUAUGGUGCCAUCUCGAGGCCCUUCAGCUGCAGUAUCUAUUCAUCCGUCUGCAAGCCCUUCUAGUGAUCUUGCUGCAAUGUCAUCUGAAGCAAUACGCAGUCCAUCAAGAUUUCCAAAUGAAAGUGCUAGUCCAACAACAAAAUCUUCUUCACAACACCCAUCGCCAAGGUUGUCCAUGCUCCUAUCUCAUGCACCAUCUGCAAUUCCUACAAAGAGAAGUCCAUCAAGUAGCCCAGUGGGCGUCCCUUCCAGCAACCCAACCAGUGCCCAUUCCAGUUUUCCCGCUUGGAGCCCAUCACAAAACCCAUCUGCACUUCCAUCUCAAAAUCCAUCGGUCAGCCCUUCCAUCAAACCUACUGCCAACGCACAAGAUGUUCAGUCAUUUAUUACACAUUCUAUCAAUGCCAGUCCAGUUUCUGCGUCUCAUUUAAAUGUGCCAUCAAAAGGGGGAAGGAUACCUGCAAAUCCACCGAGUACGUCCUCUGAAAGCAUCCCUUCCAUGAGCCCUUCUUCCACGCUAUCACAGGAACCUACCAACAAUCCAUCAACUGGAUCUCCUUCAGUAGGUCCUCUUCCAUCUCAGCAACCUUCUCCUUUUCCAUCUCAGCAUCCAUCACCUGUUCCAUCUCAGCAUCCAUUGGCACUUCCGUCUGCAAUUCCAACUCAAAAUGCAUCUGCAGUUCUGAGUUCGCAAACCACAGUUCAAGGUUCAAACGAGAAUAUCAAGAUUUCUGAAGCCACUAGCAAUCAAACAGGGCAACAGAACAUGUCAACACAUAUGCCAUCUCCCACACCAACAGCUGUUCAAUCAAGCAAUGUGGUUCGUGUGUUUAACUCUUUUGUAGUCGCAAACACCAUUGGACUGACAAGUCUGGAGCUGUUGUCAAGUCCCCAAAUCACAGUGCUUACUACUGCCUAUGUUGAAUUUGCUACUGAAGUGUUGGCCAACUGGACUGCAAAUCAAAAUCUGGUCCAUCCUCAAAAUCGCAGACAUCUUGUGGUUUUGUUAUCCCAAGGGAAAAUCCUCAAGGUAAUGGAUUCCCCAUGUCCCCAAACGGUGUCCCAAACAACUCUCUGCCAACAGGUGUUUGCCUACACUGAUCUCUAUAUCUCUGAUGAAAACCCAACAAUGGUCUACAAACGGUUUGUCAAGACAUCUCGGCUUGCAAUCAACAGUGGCGAACUACAAUUGAAACUUGCGGAGAUUGACCCGAUGUCAUCUAUGGUCAUACUGGGAGCGCCUCAGUCACAAACAGAAAAAGCUAUAACAACAAUACCUGAGGCCCAGCGAAAUAGGGUGCCAAUGGAUACCAAGGGAACAAUGGAGUUGAACGAAGAACACAAUAUUGUAACAAUUUGCUUGAUCCUAGCCGGUGCAAUCCUUGCAGCAGCAUUUUUGGUCUUGGUUUUACUGGUAGCCAUAAAGCGAAGAAUUGUGUCAAGGGAGAAGGGAAAGCUACAUGGACAAAGUGAAGGCAACGACCAUAAUGAUGAUGAUGACGAUGACGACGGCAUGAGCAAAAUCUCAGGAACCUCCGAUACAUCCAAAUCAUCAAAGAUGUCUGAACUCCAAAGUGUGGAAUCAAACAUCUCUGUUUUGGAAGCAUCAACAUGUUGCACAAUUGAGGACGAAACCCACUUGGUUGUUUGCAAAGCUGCAAGGAGUGCUGAUGCGUUGUUGGCAGCCAAUGGAGGUGAGAAUGAGUCAAUCUCGGACAAGUUCCAGCCAAAGACCAAGGAAUCUGUUGUAUCGAAUAUUGCGGGUAGUCGAAGAAGAAGUACAAAAACAAACUGCCUGCCACCAACACAGAGAAGUCUUAGAAGACAGUUGUUCGAAGAACUCGCUCAGAAACUUGCAGUCAGAAAUGUAGGUGCGAAAAGAGCCUCUCCUACACAAGAAAAGUAUGUCAGAGGCAGAUCUAUUGCUUCCGGGACUGGACAACCAAAUCCUUCUUUGUCUUUGGCCAUGCACGAUGCUUCAACUGAAUCAAAUGACGUGACUGUCAACAGCUCCAUUACGGUGGACUCGUUGUUUGAGCCUGCGGCAAGCAAGAAAGACUAUUCUCAUGCCCAACCAGCAUUGUCACGAGAGCAUUCCUGUCCACCAAUCAGUUCAUGGUUGGACCAACAGCCGCAUUCUACCCCAACCAUAGGCACAAUUCUGCGGACGGAAACUCCUGCAAGACAUUGUGGCAUAGACUAUGUGUGGGAGCAAGCAAAUACACUAGAUAUGACUCGCAGCCUGGGAACCAGCGUAGAAGAAUGUCUUCGUGCAUUGAACCCUUCCCAGGUCAACCAAGCUUGGCCGCCCACUGCACCAACUAGCAGACUCUUGGAACCUGACGCUGGGACCAUCAACAGCCCGAUUGGUGUGGAUUAUUUGUCGGAGCCAAGCGUGGUAGAAAGUGGGAUCAGAACACGCUCGAGUUGGAUUCAGAAUGGUGCUCAGUGGGUACAAGUAACACAUGCAGAGGACUUGGAUGACAGCAACAGCAAAAAGUCAUCAGAUUAUGACAGUGAUGAGACAGAGGAGGUGCCGAAAACAAGUUGGACGCAGAGGGGAUCACAGUGGGUCCAACUUUGGGGGGAACACAAUGAUCACCAUCCCAGCAGAAUGGAGAAAUCAAAAUCAGACCCUGACAGUGGGGGGGUGUACAGCCAAAGGGAUGUAGUGGUUGGGGAGCGAAUGGGAUGUGCUUUUUAUAAUGACCAAACCAACAAUGCAGGUUAUGGUGAUUCUGAGCACAACGAGGAAAGUUACAUCACCCAACAUGAAGGCUCUCCCUAUGGUCAGUGUCCUGGUCAUAGCUUCUGGGAUGAACCUCCCUGGGAUGCGCAACAUGAUUGA